UCUUGCCAAGAAGUCACCAUGAUCGUGUUCCUCGCUUUUUUGAUGACGAUCCUGAUUCAUACCGUUGGAUGUACAACCUAUAUAACCACAAACACCAACGCCGAGCUGCCAGCCUAUGCAGAUCGUCCGCUCAGCCAACAAAUGGAAAUGAUUGACCUAUUGGAUUUGGGAGACCGACCAAGACGACAAGCACAGCCCAAUAUAAAUAACGCGGCCUCGAAAUUUCUUCUGGAAGUCUACAAUGAGAUCAGCGAGGACCAGGAGCCCAAAGAGGUCCUACAUCAGAGACACAAACGCUCCCUAGACGACGACAUUUUGAUUUCCGAGGAGGAUCGCCAGGAGAUUGCCAACUGCAAUUCCAUUCUGACUUUUUCGAGCCGAGUGAAACCAUCAACGCCGUUGGAUACCGAACUGGAUCUCCACAUAACCUUCAAUACAAAUGAUGUUCCUGUAGAUUUGUCUUUGGUUCAUGCCGCCUUGAGGAUAUACAAGCAUCCCAGUUUGUUUGAGAGGAAAGAUAACUUUACGGUGUCUGUGUACAGAAGACUGGACAACCGCCAGGAUUUCUCCUACCGCAUAUUGGGCUCAGUGAACACUACAUCGGACCAUCGGGGCUGGUUGGAGUUUAAUUUAACCGAAACCCUGCAAAUAUGGCUGCUUAAAAAUGGGCCACGAAAGAGUUUGAGGAUCUCAAUUGGUGACUCUCAAAUGAGCGCCUUUGCGGCCGGACUGUCCAGCCAGGCGACGCACUCCAGUCAGGAGCCCUUCAUCGUUGGCUACUUUAAUGGGCCCGAACUCUUGGUCAAGAUUCAGAAGCUUCGAUUUAAGAGAGAACUGCAGAAGCGACGCACCAACAGCCAGGUGCAUCCACCGCCGCCACCCGUGGACCUGUACAAGCCACCGCAAGCGUGCGAACGCCUCAACUUUACGGUGGAUUUCAAGGAGCUACAGAUGCACAACUGGGUAAUUGCCCCGAAAAAGUUCGAGGCUUACUUCUGUGGUGGCGGUUGCAAUUUUCCACUGGGCACGAAAAUGAAUGCCACGAACCAUGCCAUAGUCCAAACCCUGAUGCACCUCAAACAGCCGCAUCUGCCCAAACCCUGCUGUGUGCCAACGGUACUGGGUGCCAUCACGAUUCUGCGGUACCUGAACGAGGACAUUAUCGACCUGACCAAAUAUCAAAAGUCAGUGGCUAAAGAGUGUGGAUGCCAUUAG